AGGCCUAAUUACGAUUAUGCUCACUUUCAUUUUCCACCUCCGCUGUUCUCUCUCACACACAUACUCUGGUUUACGAGCCACCGGCGCCGUCGUCGGAUCAUCGCCGGCAACCGUCAUUCUCCCAUUAAUUGCCUACUGCUCCUGGAGAACUAGUGAGUACAAGUGAUUUUGAAGGAUUUGAAAUUAUUUUCUGCUUAAGAUUUAAUAGUCGAGUAGCACUAGAAGCAUGAGUACAAGCUUGUAAUGAAGGACGACGUGAUCUUGCUCAAGAAGAUUAAAAUGUCAAAUGAUGUGGAAGAUCCUGAAGGUGGAGAUGCCACAACGUCUUUGGAUCCUUCUUCACCGUCUCCCAGUGACCAACCAAGUUGGUAUAGUGGCUUACUUGAGCAGGCAUCCGUUUAUGGUAUAGCUGCAGGGUACUGUCUUUCAGCAUCAUUGCUCUCCAUCAUUAACAAGUGGGCCAUAAUGAAAUUUCCUUACCCCGGAGCACUAACUGCAUUGCAGUACUUCACAAGUGCAGCUGGAGUUCUCAUGUGUGGAUGGCUCAAGCUUAUAGAACCCGAUAAACUUGAUCUUCGAACAAUGUGGCGAUUCCUACCUGCAGCAAUUAUAUUCUACCUAUCUCUUUUCACGAACAGUGAGCUUCUCCUCCAUGCCAAUGUUGAUACUUUUAUUGUCUUUAGAUCAGCAGUCCCCAUCUUUGUUGCAAUAGGAGAGACCCUCUACUUGCACCAGCCAUGGCCAGCAAUGAAAACGUGGUUGUCACUUGGUACGAUCUUUGCUGGUAGCGUGCUCUAUGUCAGUACAGAUUACCAGUUUACGCUUACAGCUUACAGCUGGGCCUUGGCCUACUUAGUGAGCAUGUCUAUUGAUUUUGUUUACAUCAAGCACGUGGUUAUGACAAUUGGUCUGAACACAUGGGGUCUUGUGCUGUACAACAAUCUUGAGGCUUUGUUGCUUUUUCCUAUAGAGCUCCUUAUCAUGGGUGAAUUGAAGAAGAUUAAGCAUGAAAUUGAGGAUGAGUCAGAUUGGCACAGCUUUCAAGUAGUGUUACCAGUAGCCCUAUCGUGUUUAUUUGGUUUAGCCAUCUCUUUCUUUGGAUUUUCUUGUCGUAGAGCAAUCUCUGCAACAGGAUUUACUGUUCUUGGCAUAGUUAAUAAACUUUUGACAGUGGUGAUAAAUCUAGUCAUAUGGGAUAAACACUCCAAACUUAUUGGAACAGUGGGGCUGUUGAUCUGCAUGUCUGGUGGUGUUAUGUACCAGCAGUCUACAAGCAACAAGCCCAAGGAUGUGAAAGAUGUAAAUCCGCAAGUAGCUGAGGAGGAGAAGGAGGAACAACAGAAACUGCUUGAAAUGCAAAGCAACACGCAGAGCAGUGACAGUCAGAAGCAAGAUACAGAAUCUGGUGACAGUAAACAAUAACUCGUUCUUGGAAAUUCCUUGUUCAUUCUUGCAUUCAAUAUACAAUUAUACUCUGCAUAGAAACCCUCCUCUUAAUUUAAAUGCCAGAUGGGGGUUACUUCUAGAUCAUUUUACUAGGAAACAGUUUUUGUGAAUGGAAAAAGCAAUUGUAGAGAUGUAAUUUAUUGUUUGGAUUUACCACAGCUUCAAACUCAA